AUGAAUACCACCCUUCCUCCUCCACCGUAUACCACUAGGCACUUUGACCGUCAUGCGUCUCAGCUUAGGCCUCCAGCCUACCGGCGCUCUUACAUGAAUCGUUACCACCCAUAUCCCAGAUACGGGGCCCCGCUCAUUGUCGACGUCACCCUCCCUGGCCCGGACCCCGAUCUGACCAUCGUAGCUGCAGCAGCUAUGGUGUAUGACAAGAAGGCAGGAGAAACGAAGCCUGAAGGGGGCGGAGGUUGGAAGUGGUUGCUUGGUUUGCUUAUCGCCUUUGCAAUUCUUGAACGCGUAUUGGAACACGCUACUAUCCUCAGAGUCCACUGCCUUGAACCAUCGCUUAUCCUAUAA